CGUCAUGGAGUCGAGCGGUGCGGUGCUCGCUUGUCGGCAGCUCGGCGAUCAUCCGGUUCGGCACAUUCUGCCGGCGAAAAUGGCUCCCCUCAUGAAGUACAGCGAAGCCAAAGAAACUUGUGAAGUCAAGGAGUUCGACCAGGAAUCCUUCGCGGCUGGGAAAGACGACCUGUCUCAGGAGUGGGACGAGUUCGUUCAGGAUUAUCCGGAAUGUGAACGUUUUCUCGAUACCGACACCAUUUUGAAGAUACAAAACGGCGGAAGUUACGUUGAGCGUGAGGAUAUCGUGUUCCCGGCGAGCACCUACCGAGUGGAUUUGAGCGGAUUCAGUCCCGAGGACGUCGAGGUUCGGACCCACGGUACCAAGCUCAACGUGAGCGCUUCACAUGAGCAGCGGAACGACGAUGGGUCUGUGUAUACGAAAAUGGAUCUCGUGAAGGAAUUCCGUUUGCCAGACACCGUGGAUAAGGACAAAUUGCACAGCGAGCUGCAAGACGGCAUGCAUCUCUUAGUGCACACCGGUGCAGACAUCUAAAUGCGUCAACUUCUCGAUUUAUCCAGAUGAUUAUAUUUUUGUAUGGUUC